UUGUAUGAUAUAUACUUGACUUGUGAUGAGGAUGACUCUCUUACCAUUGAACUGUUCAAAAGCUUAAGCUUUCCCAAUUUGAUCAGAGCAGAUAUCACUCAAUCUAUGUGUCGCUAUUUUCCGCUGAAAGCACUUUCCACUUCUAACUUUCUGUGCUUAGAUACAUUCUUGUUGUACACACAAGCCCGCGAUGUCUACCAGGUCAGUCAGCCUCAGUCCCCAUAUGAAAAUAUUCCUAUCUUUCAUAAUUUGACAUACUUGGAGCUCCACAACAGUUGGCAUUUGAUAUUACAAGUUCUUCACCACUGCCCUAAGCUUCAAAAUCUCAAAAUUUACGAGGAGUCAUAUGCGGCAAUGGGAAUUGAAGAUAAUCAAGAAAAUUGGGUGGACCCAGAAUUUGUUCCACAAUGCUUUUUAUCACACCUUAGAACUUACACUAUUCUAAACAAUGCAGGUCCACAAAGUCAACUUAUGUUAGGGAAAUAUAUUUUGAAGAAUGCAAACUCUUUACAAACCAUGACAAUCUCAAGUGAAAGUGAAAAAAGAAAAUUGUCUGAAUGUCCGAAAGCCUCUGCAACAUGUCAACUUUUAGUUAAUGGUAUCAUAUAGACUAUAUCCGGGCCUUUGGAAACAGUAUAGUCUUUCUUGGUGAAAGAUAAGCUCUUGAGGAUUUUGCAAUGAAGCAUGGUUUUAUGGAUGAUUUUAGAUAUUUUUAUUAAAAUCUUGUCAAAUGGAAUAGGAUUUGCCUCUGCACUCGUGUCAAAUUUUGACAUGCUUAAUUUCAUGAGUGACACACUUUGUUUUCACCAAUAUAGCUUUUACCAUACAUAACUUUUUAGGAUCAUAAGCAGCAAGAGUGAAUAAUGCAGUAUCAGUAUCUCUUAUUACCAAUCGAUGUACUUUCUUUUAAUAGUCCAACUAGAGAAAGCAUUGCUUUAGAACUUGCUCCAAUUUGCACUUUACAAUCAUUUAUCAUAGAUAAUCUAAAUAUUUCUGCUGUAACAGUUUUUCUUGCUUC